GCCAUAUUGUCUCAAAUGUGAAUGUCACUCCAUUCCCAGCUUGCCUCUUCAAAGGAGAAGUCGAACAUCUUCGCGAUAUCGGGAAGUGGCUUCCAUGAAAGGAACGUGUUGGCUUGACCACGGAAUUACGAUAGAUCGGUUUCGCGAGACAGAUGUUCUAUUGCUGUCUCAUGAGCUUGAAGGGAGACAUAAACAUCGGCAUGCGGCAUGGUGUAUCCGCGCUGCAGAGGAGGCUCAUGGAGCCUAUUUUGGGCUGUUUCCUUCGCUUCCGAAGAAUGUAGACGGGCGAUCAAUUGUUUCAUAUCGAAACAAUUAACGGUAUGACCUCAUGUAUUUAUAGGGUAAAGCUCCCUUGCCCUAAUGAUGGAUACUCAUGAGCUCACUGAUAGCCACCUUCAGCUACUCAGAACGGUAUUGAGGCAUGAAUGCUAUAGGAAAUGUCGUUUCAAAGUCGUCGCCUCGUCGUCAUGAGCAUGCCAUACACAUGGAAGAUAUCAUGUUCUCAACAAAACCUUGGAAACAAUGUCUGGGUGUGAUGGUUGCCUUGUUUACGUGCCUUGUCUCUACCUGCUAGUAUGACUGAUGGCGGAUCAGAGGAGAUCAAAGCCUAUAUAUUCCCAUAGACUUUUUGUUUUCAAUUCUUCGUAAAUCUCUCCCCAGGACCUUCUUAUCCAGCUUAACUUGCUACAAUCAGAAAUAUGUUUACACCAAAAUCCACGGCCCUGGUCUUGCUAGGCCUAGCAUCCUUGGUACUAGGAAAAGGAAAGUUCCCAGAUUGCAACCAUAAUGACUGCUAUCGAGCUUUCAAUGGUGAUGCAUACGCUGCAGAUGCAAAGUCCUUCUGUUCGACCUUCACAACUGCCACCAAAGACAAUCUUGACGGUCUUCCAACACAUGCUGCUAAGAAGUGUUCUCUAGUCGCCCAGAUAUCAUCUGUUUGCGAUUGCGCCUAUCCUACGCCAACCGACGCACCAGUCACGCCCACUGGUCCAACUCUUCCACCUGUCACUGAAACACCCUCGCCAUCAUUGUGCCCAGACAGCUGUUCUAGCGCAAUCUCGAGCAGCCUGGUCGCGAGUUUAUCCAGCAGUCUUUCUAGUAUCAUCUUCUCGAGUCUAUCGUUCAGCAUCUCCUCCAGCCUGGCCUCCUCCGAAUUCUCAAGCGUGCCUACAGCCUCUUCAAGCGUUUCCGAUGUCUCCUCCGUGGUGGAAGUUGUUACCACAAUAUCAUCAUUCACUUCAGAAUCGACUGAAGUCUCCGCUACUGCGUCCGAGACACAAUCAAUCUCUGUUGAGCUAAGUUCAGAAGCUGCUGUAUCUUCCGCAACAGAAGUUGUCUCCGAAGUAUCAUCAAGCAUUUCAGUAUCAGCUGAAAUCUCUGCCACUGCUUCCGAGACGGAGUCAUCUUUUGUCCUGAUAAGUUCAGCAACUCCUACUUCUUCUGCAGAAGAAGUUGUCUCUACAGUAUCCUCGAGCGCUCCAGAAUCGGCCGAAUUAUCAAGCACUACGUCCGACAUCCCAUCGUCCAGUGACGUACUAAGCUCAACAGCUGAGGUACCAAUCAGCAGCACACCGAGUGCAGAGCCCAGCGUGGUAUCCAGUACCCCAUCCGCUGAUGCUUCAGAAGCAGCCUCAAGCAAUUUAGCGGAGCAGUCCUCCUCGGCCACGGAAAUUUCGUCAGAAUUACCUUCCAGUAUCUUACCAAUCAGCUCGGCAUCUGAUGUUGCAACCAGCCAAACCCCGGAACCCUCUCUCGCAGUUUCCUCGUCGGCCAGCGCCUCGGAAGACAUCUCAUCCCAGCUCUCAUCUUUCUCAAGCGAAGUCAGCCUCACUAUAAUCAGCCUCACCACCUUCCAAACACUCGCAAGCAGCACAGACCAACCCUCCCUCUCGCUCUCAAGCCUUUUCAGUGAGACGAGCGAGUCGUCAUCAAGCACUGAGACGGCAUCGUCUACUUUGAUCUAAUGGAAUGGAUUUGAGGAAGAUAGGAGUGUUAGUCCAUGGGACUUUAUGAGUUUUUUAUGACUUAAAUUUAUGAUUGGUUGGUUUUACUUUCCUCUGAAGUAUCGAUAGAUUAGAAUUUUUGCCAUGAAUGGGUGUUGAGGUGGAGGAUACAUGAACUAGUAUUAGAUAGAUAGCCUUGCUUGCUUUCAAAAAACGUAUUCCUACAACCUUUCUCGGUUCAAUCCUAUUGCUGUGUCUGACCCUACCUUCUAUUUAUGGUUGAGGAUUUCAG